UGCUUUAUAAACGGCUUAUGUCUCUCUUCCUCAGUACAGCCAAGUCUGGCGUUUGUCGUUAAGUUGGAGAAAGCUACAACUUGAAGGCAACACUUUUCAUUAUGUCCGACGUAUUGGGCGACAUUAUUCUGAAGAACCUGGUCAACCUUGGCUUGGACGAAUCCUUCAACGACCAAAAUGCGAAACCGAUGGUACCUCGUCUUAAUCGUUCCUCUUCAUACUUCUCGCCAACUCCUAAGCCCCACAGCGUGAGUUCUGAGCAACUGUCUGAUGGCACCCCGAACUGGAGUUUUGACAUCUGGGGCGACGCAGUGCCUAGCAAACCCCAGAAUCCAUUCCGACCUGACCGUUCCAUGAGCCUCACAGAGAACAGUAUCGCAACUUUUGGCAAGCCUAAACCUCUCGAAGUGCCACCACCUCCUGGUUUUCCUCCUCUGACCCCUCAAACACCUAUUCCCUCUAACCGUUACAAGACCGAGCUUUGCCGAAGCUUUCAGGAAAAUGGCAGCUGCAAGUAUGGGAAUAAAUGCCAGUUUGCGCACGGUGAGGCUGAGCUUCGCUGUAUGUACAGACACCCCAAGUACAAGACGGAGGCGUGCCGCACUUUCUAUAACUUUGGGUACUGUCCCUACGGGACGCGGUGCCACUUUAUCCACGAAGACAAGCUGUCUUCAUCAAUGCUGAAUCAGAAAAAUCAAACGCCACGUCUCCGCCAAAGCGUAAGCUUCGCGGGCUUCUUGGGUUCUCGCAGUUCUCCACCUCCUGCUCUUCACGAGCCGCUGAGUUUCACCCGUGCGCCUUCGGUCUCCCCACCGCCCUCAGAUCUCCUCUCUCCAGUUUUCAACGAAACAUUUCAGUUUGGCCAGACCCGAGCAAGUGUUGGCGACAUACACAACAUUCCUAUGAUCGUCGAGCCUCAGAAGAACACCCGCUGUGUUUGCGGUCACGGAAAUAAUCACCCCUCAGCUCUAAACAAAAACUAUGCCAUGGACGACCGUAACAGUGUCUACUUUCCCCAGCCGAAUUUGCAGCGUUUCUCCUCCGAGGACUCCCUGUCAGACCGGGAGAGCUACUCAAGUUCCAGCAGCAACAGUGGCUCUACCUCUCCUACUUUCGACGGGUCGGGGGGAAAGCGCCUGACCGUUUUUGCUAGACUGUCUGUGUCAGAUUAAUUUCUGCGCAGUCACCUAGGGACUGAUUUUUGAGAACACAAAAUAUUUUUAGAUGUCAGACAACCAUAACAGCAGAUUAGCCUUAACUGGUUUUACCGUCUAUUUAUAUUUAGUGAUUUGCCAUUGAAUGAAAUUAUUUGGUGCACAUCUUAAUCUAAAGCUACGUAUUUUUGUAAUUAUGUAUCAUUGUAUGCAUCUUGCAUAGUCUUCCAAUAGCUUUUUGACAUGACAAUGGCAGAGUGCCUUUCAAUUGUCUAAACUAUAGUUGGUGACAGAGUUUGUCACUGCUGGAAAAAGUUCAUUCCACUUGUCAGCAAACUGCAAUAUUCCACCAAUGCACACUUUUAGAGGUGUCAAACUUUUAUAUGUAAUUGCAUAACCAUCAAUGUGACAAACUUGAAAGAGGGAUAGCUAGACAUUCUGUGAUAUGCACUUUAAAAUUGG